CUUCACACAGAAUGUUAUUUAAGAAGCUGCUGAAUAUACAUUACUAGGAUUUAUUUUAUAAAAUGGCAAGUGAAAAUAAACCAAUUUUCCAGAAUGUUGAUCUUAAAUGGGGUGGAAGAGAAGAAUUGCUGUUGCUGAAUGCAAUUGAAACAAAUGGCCAUGGAAAUUGGGAAACUAUUGCUGAAAGUCUAUCAGAGAAGACUGGGAAAGAAUUUGCUCUUGAAGAAGUUGAAGAGCAUUAUAAUAGAAUAUAUGUCCAUGGCAUUAUUGGAAACGAAAUAUGGAAUUCUGACUAUUUUCCGUUUUCGUGCCGUCCACUGGAAGAUCAUACGAGUAAUUAUGAUGAUUCUAUUUUGAAUAGCAAGGACACCUAUACAGCAGAAAAUGUGCCUGAGAACCAUUUACAAGACUUGCAGUAUAUGCCUUUGAGGGAGGAUUUUAUAAAGGAUUAUGACAUGAAUGCUGAAUAUCUUCUAGAUGGAAUUGAAUUUCACAAUUUCAGUCAGAAACCAUUUCACAAGGAUGAUGGGAACUUAGUUAAAGAAGUGGAGCUUGCCGUAGUUCAGAUUUAUCGAAGACGAGUUCAAGAAAGGUAUCGUAGAAGAGAAAUAAUUAAAAAAUAUAGAUUAGUUGAACAAUAUUAUCAGUUUGGUCAUACUCUAACACAAAAGGAAUCACUGAAGAGGAAAAGGAACUAUAGUUUCUACACUGAGGCAGUUAGUGAAUUCCUCAAAUUGGCAUCUUUUGCUCGCUUUUUUUCUUAUGAAGAAUUUCAGAGUUUUUUCCAACUAUCCUUAAAAGAAAGGCUGUUGAAGAAAGAGAUAGAAGAAUUGAUUGUUCUUCGUAAAAGAGGAGUAACAGAUGUAGAAGAGAUUGAAGAAUCAGAGUUGGUAAAUUCCAAACUUCUGAGGAUAGAUGUAGAUGAUUCAACAUUGCCAGAGCUAUCUCUAACGGUUCGAGAUAUUCUGGUAGAUUUACUGGACGAAGAAAGCGACGAAAGCGAAGACUUAGAUUCACCAGAAGAAAACGGGGAAGAUGACUAUCCGUACGAAACUGGAUUUUUUAUUCCAGUUUUACAAGGCUACAAUUUGCUAUCUCGAAAGGAAAAAACGCUGUGUGCAGCAAUGAACCUAAGACCAGCUUAUUAUAUUGCCUAUAAAGCAGUUUUAAUAUUUGCAGAUGUUGAAAAACAGAAAGGCAAUAGUAUUGAAUCCUUCAACUUGAAACCUCAAGGUCUUAAUAAAGAACAGUGUUUGGAGAUUGUCAAUUUCAUGUUAGAGAAUGGUUGGAUUCGUUGUGACAAUCUGUUGGGUUUUGAUAACUAGGAUGUUAAGAAACUAGCUGAAUUCAGCUGCAUGUGAUACUGUACAUUUUUAUAUUGUAGUUUGUAAAAAUUCUGUUGAAACCAAAUUUUUACUUUCAUAUACUUCCAGAUACUUUUAUACAUAUGAGAAGAUGUUUUAGAUUUUAAUUUUUAAAAAAAUACUAGCCAACUGUUUUGCAUUUUUAAUCAUUUUCAUUGUACAAAAACUGUAGUUUAAAAUUGUUCAUUCUCUUCUGCUUUGCAUUUUUAAUAAUUUUCAUUGUACACAAAACUGUACUUUAAAACGAUUCAUUCUCUUCUCGUAUGUUACUUAUUUUUAAAGCCAGUAAAAUUUAACAAUUAAUUCGAGUUUUAUCUAAAUGAUAAUUUACCUCAGUAUUUAAAUAUUGUACUUAUAAAUUUUCAUGACUCUGCUUUUUUCCUUCCUUUUGUUUUAAGGUAAAUGCUUAUUUAUUUUUCAUUGUGUCAUUUUAGAUGGGGAAAAAAAGUGUCUUUUAAAGUAAAGUGUGUUUAUCUGUGAUUUUUCCCUUUAAAGUUGAACUGCUGUCAGUGAUUUAAAGAUAUGUAAAGAAAAAACAUAAUUUGUAGAAAACUAUGUAUCGAUUGAUUUGGAGCUCUUCAAAGCUAUAUAUUAUGAAGCCUUAUGUACAUAGAAAAUUGAUGUAUAUUUAUGAAUAAAUUUUUUUUAAUGUAUAUUGUAAAUAAUA